AGCUAAAAGUAUAAUAAUACUCUUGAUGAGUGAAUGCUUAGCAUCUAAUUAAAUUGUGAGCUUAGUGAUAUAAAAUUUAUUCUUCUUGUGGUUUGAUUCAUUCUCUUAUUGUCAUUUGUUUAAUAAAUGUAAACAAUAAUAAUGUUUUCAAUGAAGCAGCUAAUUCUAGUAAUUCCAGUACUUGUCUUUUUUAGUCCAGUUUCUGGGUCUUAUGAUGACAAACGAUGCAAAUGUGUUUGUCCACGGCCAGCAGCACUAAACAGCUCUAUUGGUUCUGAUCGUACCCUUUAUAUUGGAAAUGUGCCUCCCAAUAAAUGCAACUGUGAUGGAAUCAUUCUUCCCCGUGUUGGAGAGUUGAUUAAAGGUCGUGAACAAGAGUUCUGUCCACAGUGUGAAUGUAUUUACGAGAAUAGAAACACUACAAUAAUUCAGGUUGUUGUUAUUAUCGUUGUAUGGGUGAUUAUGUUACUUGUUGCAUACAUGGGAUUCUUAAUCUGUCUUGACCCUUUAAUAAACAAGAGGGCUAAGGCAUCAUACCAGGAACAUACCAAUGAAGAUGAUGAAAGUACACUUGGUGGACCAUCACAACAGAUGGGUGCUCGUGGCAAUGUUCUUAACCGUGUCACCCAUCAACAAGACAAAUGGAAGCGACAAGUUCGUGAACAGAGGCGUAAUAUAUAUGAUAGACAUACCAUGUUGAAUUAGAUCUGUAGCUAGUUUUCCUAUUUAAUAUUUUACAUUAUGUACUACAUACUUCAUCUUUUUAUCCAUCACAUUUCUGCUAUAUAAAAUAAUAAUUUGUUAAUAAGUUUAUUUAUAAACAUACAAUAAGUUUGAUUUUGUUAAAAUGUAACUUACAUUUUAGGUAUGUUUAUAAAUGUUCAUAGACUAAAGAUAGUUGAAGCUAACUCUAUUUCAUGUUCUUAAUUUAAUAAAGGCAUUUCUUACUGCAAUAAAAAUAUUAUUUAAAGUUAAAUUCUCAAACUACUGUAACUUAUAGCAUAGUUUUAAAAUAUAAAAUGUUUAUUUGUCAUUAGAGGUUUACUUAUACUGAAGGUGAUGACAUUAAUAGCAUUAUCCAAUCAUGUAGGCCUAUUUCAAUAUUUCCACCAUUAAAAAAGUAUGGUUUAGGUUAGCAAUCUUGGAAAUAUCUGAUUUAGAAGAGGACAUUCAUAGCUACUCUCUUUAGGGUAAAAUAUGGUGAGAACUUACACCAAAUAUCAGACCAUCAGAUUUAAAUAGCAAUAACUUAACAUAAAGAACUAUAUAACUAACUAAUCAAUUAUUAAGAGGUGACAUUAAAAUGAUACAAACUAUGAAAA